AUGGGGCAUCAUUUCCCACAAUGGCUACGAACACGGAAGACUUACUCCUAUCUUGAUAUCUCUUUUGUUGGUAUAUCAAGUGUAGCUCCCAACUGGUUUUGGGAUCUUUCUCCUAAAAUAAUGUACUUCAACAUUUCCAACAACAAAAUAAGCGGAGGGGUCCCUGAUCUGUAUUCCAAGUUUGUAGCAUCAAAGGAAUCUAAUUAUCCAAUGAUGGAUUUUAGUUCAAAUAAUUUAUCAGGUUUAGUGCCAUCAUUCCUUUCCAACUUGAAAACAUUGAACCUUUCCAAAAACAAGUUUGUUGGAGCAAUUUCUUUCCUGUGUAAAAUAGCCAACCCUUUGUUCCGCAUCAUUGAACUCUCAAAUAACCUACUUUCAGGAGAACUUCCCAAUUGUUUGAUGAAAUUUGAAGAACUAGCCAUCCUUAAUUUAGCUAACAACAAUCUACAUGGUAAAGUUCCUAGUUCUGUUGGUGCUUUGCACGAUAUCCAAUCUCUACAAUUGCGGAACAACAAUUUUAGUGGCUAUCUGCCAACCUCUUUGAUGAACUGUUUUGUGUUGAAAAUCUUGGACUUUGAGAGUCAACAAGUUCAAUGGAAAGAUACAAAUUUGUGUCGUCUGAAUGAAGUCCGCAUUUUGGAUCUUUCUCGGAACAUCUUAUCAGGAGAAAUCCCACGAUGUCUCAACAAUUUCACAUCUUUGCUUCAGGAUGAUAGUUCAAACUCAAGUUUUCUUUUUGAUUUGGGUGAAAGUAAUGAAUAUGGCUUUUACUCUUAUGCUGAAGAUUACAUGGGGGAUGCAUUAGUUCAAUGGAAAAGCAGUGAGUUUGUGUACAAUAAGACACUUGGGUUGUUGAAGAUAAUCGAUUUUUCUAGUAACGAUUUAGUUGGAAGAGUUCCUGAAGAAAUCGCACAAUUGGGUGGUCUACUUUCAUUAAACCUCUCAAGAAAUAAUUUAACAGGCAAUAUCAUAGGAGGAAUUGGAAAGAUGGAAAAUUUAGAAUCCCCUGGUCUAUCUGAAAAUCAGCUCACAGGCCGAAUUCCCACAAGUCUUGCUCAACUAACUUUCCUAAGCGUCUUAGACUUGUCGAGUAACAACUUGUCAGGGAAAAUUCCUUCAAGCACUCAGUUGCAGAGUUUUGAUCCCUCAUCAUAUGCAGGAGAUAAUGAACUCUGUGGCCUGCCACUCGCAGAAUGUCCUGGAGAUACGGAUACUCAAAGCCCUUCUGGUGAUCAUAGCAGAAUCAACAAUGUUGAUGAAGAUGGCGAGAUUUUGUCUAUUGGAUUUUAUGUAUCUGUGGCGAGUGGAUUCAUAUCUGUGGCGAGUGGAUUCAUACUUGGAUUUUGGGGAGUGAUAUUCACUUUAAUCCUCAAGCAAUCAUGUAGAGAUGCUUACUUUCAGUUUUUGACUAAUGUCGAGAAUUGGAUCUUUGUGUCAACAUUGUUGUCUCUACGCAAAUUGAAGAUGCUCUGGAGUUAA